GAAAGUUUGAUUUAUGUUCUAUUGGUCUCUAUGAUAACAUUUUUGUAUUUUGUAUACAUACUGUAUAUUUUUAUAUUAUUAUGUCAUGUGAACACUCUACUUUGACUAUUUUACGUACUGAUCUUUCUAUUAUAUAGAUAUUUCACCUGUACCUCACUAAUGGGAUGUUUAACUAUGAUUGAUGUCCAUAAUUGACGUCGGUAAUUGUCCCUUGAGGCGAAGAGAUUUUUGUAAAUACGCCGCUUCUAAACUUUAUUUCCGGUGUGAGAAACCAGAGAGAAACGUAAAUAUCCACAAAUAGUGAAGUUCAUUGAAGCGUUCGUGAAUUUUUUGGUUUAGACUUCCCAGAGUGCAGCCCCCCCACCAAAAACAAAACAAAACAAAACAAAACAAAAACAAAACAAAAAAACACAUAUGUCAUUAUAUUGAGAAAAAAAAUCACUUCAGUCCAGAACAGAAAUGUAGGAGACAAUAGGUUUUAACUUAAAAAAUACGCAGAGAAAUAGGUUGAAGCAAGAAAUCUCGACCCAGAUUCUCACGUUUUUUGUCAGUUACGGCUGAUCAAACGAAUUGCAGGCUCAAGUGAUGAGAGAUGAUGGCGACUAUCUGCAACUCCUACGGGAUCGAGUUGUAUUUCACAUGAUAAAUAGAGUUAGUUGUCUUACAGUUUUGGCACUUCUUCAUCUUCGAUGAGACAUCUGUCCUGUUGAAAAUGUUGAAUAUGUAAUUUCUGGACUACUGUUUUGGAUGAUUGCUCCAGUUUAUCGUUGAAAGAUUCUCUUCUGAGCCGACGCAUAAACUUUACACUUCAUCAUUUUUGAUCCACUUCAACAGUUGUUUACAAGGUUCAACACGACUCAUCAAGGUUGCAAAAUGGCGCCAGGAGAUAUUGAUAAGCAUAACAUUGUUCGUUGGAUUAUCAGAGUGAUUACUUGCAACUUUGGACGCUAAAGAAAUCCGUAAAACGAUGAUGAUGGAUGACUAUGAUGACGGGGAUGAUUCCAAUAAAAAUCCAUUCCAAGAAAAAGGACCCUCUGUUCAUAGAAGAGCAACAAGAAAUGAGAGUGAGAAGAAGCGCAGAGACAAGCUUAAUAUAUACAUACAAGAGCUUGCUUCAAUGGUGCCAUCAUGUUUUUCUUCAAAAAAGAAACUUGAUAAAACAUCUGUACUAAAGAUGACAGUGAAUUUCAUGAGAAUGCACAAUGAUUUGACUGGGUCAGUAUUGGGCAACGAAUAUGGUCUUCAUUUAUCAUUUCUUACAAGUGAUGACAUUGGUGACCUGAUGGAUAAGUCCCUGAAUAGUUUUCUGUUUGUAUUGUCAAGUUCUUGGAAAAUUGUCUAUGUGUCAAAGAGCAUAACUCCAAUUCUUGGUUUGGAAUGGGACCAAAUCGAAGGUUCCAACUUUAUGAACCUGGUUCAUCCAGAUGACAAAGACAUUGUUAUCAAUGAGUUGAAUUCAGAAGAUAAAAGUGUGUACUUGGCCUCAAGUUCUAAUGGUAUUCACAAGAUACCAAAAAAGCCAAGUCGUCAUGUCUUUGAUAUACGUAUGACAUGCAGCCCUUCCAAUCAAAGAGUAGAGAAUGUAGAUCUGUAUGAAAGAGUUCAUGUUCUUGGAUAUACAGACACCUGGGAAGUGAAAAAGGCAAACAGCGUAGAAGAACAAAAUGCGAAUGGCAGUGAACUAGUACCAAGAGAUAAACCUAUCCCUAUAAAAGCAAAGCCUCUGUACUUUGUUGCUGUGGGAUUCCUGUCUCGACCUGCUGUACAGCGGUUUGUGGAUAUUGACAAAUCGUUGAACAUGGAAUUUGAAUCAAGACACACUAUGGAUGGAAAGUUCUUGUUUGUUGACCCGAGGUCUAUAACAAUGACUGGAUACUUGCCUUAUGAACUGCUUGGUACGUCAAUCUACAACUACGUCCAUCAUGAUGAUAUGCACGUGUUUGCCAACUUUCAUCAAUCGUUGUUGGAAUACGGCGAAUGCAAAACAGAACCAUACAGAAUGAGAUCAAAAGGACAUCAGUGGAUCUGGAUGAAAAGUCGUAGCUUUAUAUCAUACAACCAUUGGAAUUCAAAGCCAGAGUUCAUUUGUAGUACUAACAUGGCUGUUUGCGAUCGUCAAGAAAUGAAGAUACAAGAUAAACGUUGUAUGUACACUGAACGCACUAGUAGUAGUGGUCUGGACAACAUUUAUCAAGACAACACUGCUUUACCACUUCUAUCAACUCAGAGCCUACAGGAGAUUCUACCAACGGAUCGAACAUAUCAAGAUGAGAAAGAGCUGGUUCCUUUCAACAGCAGCAUUGACUUCUUUGGCAGCAACUUGUCGGACACAUCUUCCCAGCAAAAAAGUGACUCUUGCGAUGAGCUUGGUGGUCGUCAGGAGGAAGACUCGGACAGUGUCGACUCGGUGGAUUUAUCGAUGUCAUUUGAAGAGCUGGAAAGUUUUAUCGAAGCACAACGUCAGUUGCAUGAUCAAUUAAUGACAAAACACACGGUACUAAAAGACGCUAUUGUCAAACAAAAGCAGCAGCUUCAAGCUGUACAACAACAGAUGUUACUAAACCUACAGGCACAACUAACAAUCGAUCCAUCUAAAAAUCAUCAAGUGUUUGAAGAACAAUUCCGCAAGGCGAAAGAGGUUAGCGAAAUGCAAGAAAAACACGAAACGAGACAGAGAGAACUCGUAAAGUCUUUGAAAGAAACACGAAGAAAGGUUGAAAGGCAUAAUAGACAGCAACUGAAACGUUAUCGAGAAAAACGAACUAAGAAUAGAAGCAGUCAUUCCUUAACCACAUCUGAAGUAAAUACAUUAUCGUCACCUUCCGAUCAGCGAACCACUAUAAGAACAAACAUACAAAGGCUUCGUUCCCCUCCUUUGCCUCAACCCAAAGUUACUGUUGCAGGACAGAUUCAAAGUCUCCCAGUCAAUGAGCAAAACCAAGAACGAGCGUUUUCAACGAUUGGUCAAGGUAGAUCUGUUGGGGAUAGUCAACGAUUCGUUGCGCAAACUUUGAAUCCCCAACAAGAACACCUUACUCAUUUAUCGAAUACGCCACAAAUCGAGUUCCAAGUCUCAAGUUCAUUCACAACACAACCAAACGUACAACAGUCACCUGGAACACUAAGUAAUAUUCAAAACCUACUGACAGCAUCGUCUCAGAACCCCCAGGCAAUGCAGAAACUAUUGUCCGGUUUAAGUUCUCAACCAGAUGUCGCGCAAACUUUGUUAAACCUUCUGAAACAAGCACAAUCGUCUGAGUCUAGCGCGGCGGAAUCUUUGUUAUUCAAUCAAAAUCUUCAGCAGACGACAGAUCAGUUCAGUGCUGCACUCAACACUGUAAAUAGAACUACUAGUAAUCAAAUGAUGUAUCAAACUAAUGUAGGAAACCUGCAAGAAAUACAACAGCAGGCGCAACGCCAUCAACAUAUACAACAGCAGCAACAACAGCAGCAGCAACAACAACAACAGCAGCAACGACAACAGCAACAGCAGCAGCAACAUCAACAAUUUCAGCAGCAGCAACAACGAAUGAGCAACGUACGGGUGGCAAACCAAAAAAUGACUUUCUCCUCAAGACGCCAAAUACGUCAAACAUCUGAGAGCAGUACUGUGACGUGGACGUCAACCGAAGCACAAGGCCGAAACAACGAACAAAGUGGGAUCAAUGAUAUUUCUGCUUUAAAUGAGAACCAACGACUUGUAAGCACACCUAAUCAGUUUCAAAACUCAAAUAAUGAAAAACAAAAAGAAACAGCGAGGCAAAAGGAUUAUUUUUCAAACUUUACAUCGAAAGAAUUGGAAGCCAUGUUUUUAGCAACACCCCAACAAAAACACGCUCGUCCAUCGACGAGUGCGGCGCCAUCGACCUCAUCAUGCAGUGUAGAUGAAGCAAAACUUCAUGAAGAAGAAGCUUUCAGUACUCCAUUACUCGUUCAUCAACAACAACUUAUGCAGAUGCAUGAGGAUCAAAGAAAACAACUUCUCAUUCGACAACAAGAGCAACUGUUAAUGUCGUUCCAACAACCCAAACCUGAACAACAAGAUGCCAACCAACAAACAAUGUUUAAUCCUUUCAAUCAAAACUCGCCGUUUCUUUCUACUGCUCAACCAGGAAUGUCUACAGCAGGUACUCAGCCAUCGAGUGGCACUGCUCAUCCAUCUGCGUCCGCAUGGGAUUCUGGGACAAACUUUGAACUGAAUGACGCAGACGAAGUGGUUCUUAACAUGCUUUUAGCCCAGUCUUCGAUGGAUACUUUGCUGGAUCCAACACCAUGGCCUGAAACUGACAAUUUACUCGAUUACUUGAACAUGAAUCCUGAUCUUACCUCUGAUUGAUAGUAAUAAAUGUUGGGCAGUGGUGGGUGAACAACGUUUAGCACUAAGAUGGUUACGAUGGUCACAACAGAUGAUGUCGUAAAACGGUUUUUGUCUGUCCACCAAAUGUGUUGUACUCCAAAAACUGUUUCACGGGGAGUGAGCUUAUUAUCAUCGUAACCUUAAUACUUAGAAUCUCCAAACUAGUGGCCAGCUAGACAUUAUCGCAGUAUAAAAACAAUCUAAUUAUCGUGUAAUCUAGUCUACUAUUUAGGACAGGUUUCAGGUGUAUUUGUAUGGUUUCAUUAAGUGAUAACCAAAGGAACGGUGUCCAGAGACAUCGUAAUAAAUAGAACUCAGAGUGCAUUAAAACAAUGAAGAAGCACACUUCAAAAUAAAAACUAAAACGCGCUACAAUAAACAAUUAUACUCGAUCUGUAAGUCGACUGGAGUGUCAAAAGCAGUGUGCAUCAGUACUUAUCAACCCUGUACGUAUACAAUGAAAACCAACCCAGGCUCAUCGAUAUUCUAAGUAUUGGUUAAAAAAUAUAGAGAAGUAAACAAAAGUCGUAUUUAACUUUUCGUUUUACAAUUGUGAGAGCCUGGGCUGUCUGUGGAGAGUAUAUUGGAUGAUACGACGGCGAAUAAGUAUGCGACGACGCAGUAAGGGGCAAGUGAUGGCGAAGUUAUUAGUGUCAUACGAUGACGUCAUUGAAGUAAAGCAAAGCUUAUCAAUUACUCAGUAGUUAAUACCAUUUUAAAAUCUUUAUUACUUUAACAUGUAUAUUUUAUAGUCUAAUAAAUAUUAUAAGCACGAA